ACUUCCGCCUACUUGGCCCGGAAGUCAGGAACACGCGGCGGACCGUCUUUUCUGUAGGAAUUACAGAAGUUCUUUUUCCUCGGACAAUUUUACAACUUGGAUAAGUUACAGAACGUUAGUUAAAGCGAAGGCAGACGAAAUAAAGAGCCCUCUGGAACUGCGCGAAAACGGAACCUUAGGAGAUUGGGUUGGAAACCCUGUAGGAAGGAAAAGAAAAUGCACUUGCCGGCACGUGUUAUUAGACGUUAGGGGCUACACUGCGCUUGAGCUGAGGGGCAGCGUCCUGAGGAGGGUGUUUGCGCGUGAGAAGUGAUGGGCUGUUGGGCCUAGCCUCUCCCCUUCAUCCUAGGGGCUUCUUGGAGGGAGAAGGCGGGGUUGGAAGGAUGGGGCGGUGGCUACCAAGAAGUGGUACACUGUAGGUCUUUCCCAGACUGCAGGUCUUCGCAUUGGGCUCCUGCCGCUGUUUUGUGAUCUCGCUGGGAAGGAGUCAGCCAGCUUUUGAGGAAGGUUUGAGUAAGAGCUGAGCAUCUGCCGAGAGCUAAACGAGAUGGAGAGACCUGUGGAAAACGUUUCCAGCAAUCUUGAUAGAUGCCCAACAUUCAUGAAAGCCAACAGAGAAAUGAAGCGCCUCUUUGUGGGUGGACUUGGACAGGGCAUUUCUGAGACAGAUCUGCAAAGUCAGUUCAGCAGAUUUGGAGAAGUUUCUGAUGUGGAGAUCAUCACUCGGAAAGAUGACCAAGGAAAUUCACAGAAAGUCUUUGCAUAUGUUAACAUCCAAAUAACAGAAGCGGACCUUAAAAAAUGUAUGUCUGUUUUAAACAAAACAAAAUGGAAAGGUGGAACACUACAAAUUCAGCUAGCAAAAGAAAGCUUUUUACACAGAUUGGCCCAAGAAAGAGAAGAAGCAAAAGCAAAGAAUGAAAAAUCAACCUCAGACAACACGACCUUAUUAGAAAAGAUAGGAGGAAUAGAUUUCCAUAUGAAGGCUGUGCCUGGAACAGAGGUACCAGGACAUAAAAAUUGGGUUGUGAGUAAAUUUGGAAGAGUCUUACCUGUUCUUCACCUUAAGAAUCAACAUAAACAAAAAAUUAUGAAAUAUGAUCCAUCGAAAUACUGCCACAAUAUAAAAAAGAUAGCGGAGAAUUUGACAGAAACCACUCCCAUAACUGACCUCACUUGGGAAUUGGAAGGAGGCAAUGACCCUAUGAGUAAGAAACGUCGAGGAGAGUUUUCUGACUUUCAUAUCCCUCCUCAAAAGGUCAAGAAAGUAGAGAAGAGCAAUGAUUCCAUGGAGUCCAAGGUUUCUGAUACUGGUCUAAGGACUAAUCAAGUAACAGAGAGGAACAAAUCAACACAGCCUAUGACUGCACACAGGACAGCCCCAAGUACUGUUUCUCCUUCUAAACCACUCCUUGUGUCCAGUUCUGGUACUCAGAAAUCUAAACAUGUAGUUUUUCAUAAUUCUGACUUUGAAAUUAUCUGGAAUAAAAGUAGCAUGUCUGAUGAUGACAUUGACUCAGAAGAUGAACUAAAAAUGAUGAUUGCAAAAGAGGAAAACAUAAAGAAAACUGGGCAUUCCUCAGUCAAUGAGUCUGAACACGAUACUUUUGAAGUUGUUAGGGAUGAUUUCAAAUCAAAUAUUCACAAUCUUCCUUCUUCAGCCAGCUUAGGAAAUAACCAUGAAUAUGACUCAAGUGAUACAGAUGAAAUUAUUGCAAUGAAAACAAACAUUGGUAAGGUCAAAAACAGCACAGAAUUUUCACAACCAGAGAGGCUUAUAAGCAAGAAAAGUUCUUUUCAAAAGAUAGAACCUUCUAAUGACUGUAUAAAAGUACAAGAAAUUAACAGCAACAAAGAAUCAGCUCCAUGUCAUGGAGUAAAGUUUGUGAAUCCCAAAUUUCCACCUGACUCCAGUGACAGUGAUAGUGAAGAGUCUGAGGAAGAUGAGGAAUAUAAAGCCUUGGUGGAAAACUGUCCCCGUGUGAGUCUUACUCUGGCUGACUUGGAGCAGUUUGCUGGCAGUCGUCAGAAGUUUCCAGGAAAAGACAGCGAGACUAAUGGUCCACAAAAUGUCAGUCACUGCAAAAUUGACACAACCUCCAAGAGUUCCAAGACUUCUGGUGACAAUGGCCGACAGUGCAUUCUUCCUGAGGAGAUUGUGGCCUCCCUUUUAGAGGACGAGAACUCCUACAGCAAACAAAAAUCAGAAGAAAAUAUCUUAAAGCCAAAAUUCCAGGCCUUCAAGGGAAUAGGCUGUCUCUAUGCAAAGGAUUCAGUGGACAAAACUUUGAAAGAGAAUAUGGCCUUUAAUACUGUCAGUGAGCAUCACAGUUCCUUGAAACAGGAAGAUCACAAUAGAAGUUUUAUGGAAAAUGGAUUCAAGUGUGUUAAUGGCUCAUCAAGCAAACUGACUUUGUGCCAACCUGCAAAGGUGAACGACCCAAACCACAUUCAGCCUCCAAAAAGACAGUGUAGUUUUGAGAACCAGAACUAUAAAGUAAUAUCCUCUACUAGUUUUGACAAGGGAAGUACAAAUUCUCUCCCAUGUCCAUUGACAUUAAAAGCUAAAACGUCCCUAAAUCUUAGUGCAAAGAGUCAGAAGAUAGACUCUGAUGGAGACUCUUGCCAUUGGCCUGAAAGUAGAAAAGCUUUAGAAAAAGAAAAGACCAAUUUAAGCAACCUCACAUCUCUUGAGAAACCACCAAAGGUGUCUCUCAGGGAAGACCCUAAGAAGGACACAUCUACAUCCUGUAUCAAUGCUAAGGAUAAACAUGCUGAAGACAACCAGAAGCGAUUGGCAGCCUUGGCAGCGUGGCAGAAAUCCAGAGAAGUACAGAAGAAACUGGUGCACAGUGCGUUGGCAAAUUUGGAUGGUCAUCCAGAGGACAAAAAAACACACAUUGUAUUUGCUUCUGAUAAUGAAAGUGAAACAGAAGAGACAUCCACUCAUGAGCAAAGCUGUCCAGAAAAGGAGCUGGUGAAACAGGAGUCUGUGAGUAAAGCGACUGGGAAGCUGUUUGAUAGCAGUGAUGAUGAAGAAUCAGAUUCCAAGGAGGACAGCACCAGGUUCAGCAUUAAACCUCAGUUUGAGGGCAGAGCUGGCCAGAAGCUUAUGGAUCUACAGUCUCAGUUUGGAAGUGAUGAAAGAUUCCGCAUGGACUCUAGAUUUUUAGAGAGUGACAGUGAAGAUGAACAGAAAGAGUUAAAUGAAAAUAAAGUUAAUGAAGACGAGCUUGCUGCAGAAAAAAAGAAAACCCUGAAUGUUGUGCAGAGUGUUCUGAACAUCAGUGUGAACAACCCGACCAACAAAGGAUCAGCGGCUGCUAAGAAAUUUAAGGACAUCGUACAUUAUGACCCAACAAAGCAUGACCAUGCCAUUUAUGAAAGAAAACAAGAAGAUAAAGAAAAAGAAAGUAAGGCAAAACGGAAGAAGAAAAAGGAAGAAGCUGAGAAGCUGCCUGAGGUAUCCCAAGACAUGUAUUAUAACAUUGCUACAGAUUUGAAAGAAAUAUUCCAAAGUACAAACAACACAGAUGAAAAGGAAGAAGAUGCGCCCAGGACUGAGGCUUGUGCUAGAGAGGGGACUGGGGAAAUCAGGAAUGCUGAGACACUGACAUGUGGUUCCGAGCAGACCACUGGCUUUACAUUCUCUUUUUUCGAUUCAGCCGCUAAAGAUGUAAAGGAUGCCACCUAUAGAAUUGAACCAAUGAAACGUGGGAAGAUAGUCUGUCAGAAUGAUCCCCGAUUCCAAGACAGUAGUUCAGAAGAGGAGGAUGAGGAUGUUACUGAAGGAGCAGAUCACAGAAAACCCAGCCCCGGAGAAGUGGUUCCUGAGAAAGAGACCAUUAGGUUUUUCUUUUUCUCUGAGAAUGACGACAGACUUCAUGGUUCUAACUUAUUCUGGAGUGGUGUGGGAAGUAGUAUUAGCAGAAAUUCUUGGGAAGCCCGAACAAGUAGUCUCCUUUUGGAUUGUCGGAAGAAACAUAAAGAAGCAAAAAGGAAGGUGAAAGCAAAUUAACCAUUGUCAGUUUCGGUUUUGGAAUUGAAUGUGCAGACCUGUGCAGACCGCUCACCAGCCCUCCAAAGAAAUUAACCCAGAAAGCACUCACCGACAAAGAAAAAAUUUCAUAGUAAAAAAAUAUUUAAAGCCUGGAUGAUAAUGUAUCAUUCUGAUGACUAUUUUUGUGGAAUUCUUCUGUAUUCCCUCUUUGGUGACUGUCCCCAAAUUAACUGAGCCAGUUGCAACACACAGAUGUAGCCUCAGCACUUCAGAAGGGGAAGUGGGAGAAUCAUUUGAGCCUAGAGUUUUAAAUCACACUUGGCAACAUAGCAACACUCCACCUCAGAACAGCACCCAUUCUUGUUCCCUACUCUGAAACACUAGAGGCUAUCUCUUGACAGGAGGCCUACAUGAAACUGCUUAAUAAAUAGUUUGAUAUACUUGUUUAAAUUUCUACCUAUACUAAAUAUCCUUUACCUCUAAUUUAUCUUUUUAAAGUCAACCACAAAUUAACUUUGAGUUCUGUACUUGAUGUAAGCUUCUGAUGUAAUUUCUGAAGAUAAGAUAGAACUUUUUAAUAAAUGGUUCAGAAUAUUUGUAUUUAUUUCUGAUUAAAUAUUCUUUACCUUCA